AUGCCAUCCAUCGCCUGCCUCCAGACUUUACAGCGGGAGUUGGCGGACAGCAUUAUCCGUUGUGCACCUCUGGACGAUUUACGCAUUCUGUUGGCAUGUGGGGCCAAAGUGGACGCCCCUGUCACUGCUCAAGGUCUUCGCCCCAUCCAUUACGCCGCCUUCCAGCAGUACGAAGAAGCAUUGAGAUUGCUGCUAGUCCGAGGUUGCGAUCCCGAUGCCACGGAUGAGAUCGGUUACACUGCGAUACAUUUGUGUGCCGAAAAGGGCUAUUUCGAGCUGGUCAUGCUGCUCCUGGAACACGGGGCACGAGUCACUUUCACUGAAGAAGUACCAGCAGUGUCUGGAGACACCUGUCCUGUUGAUGUUCGAAACAGCAGUGUCUCACUUGGAAAUCCGCCUAGGGCCACCCUGGCUGAUGAACCUUUAAGACUGGCCAUCAAGAAUGGACACUACGAAGUGGCUGAGCUUCUUCUCAAAAAUGGGGCCGACCCAAAUGCUCGAUACUUCCUGGGAGCAGAAAUCAACUUAAUCAGCCCUUUAAAUACAAGAUUUCUAGAUUUAUUGCUCAAGUAUGGUGCUGAUCCCAACUCAAGGGACAGAACGGGACUGACUCCUCUUAUGAAGGCCUGUAGGCAUCCUCAAGGAUUUUUAGCAGCGAAAAUUCUUAUCAAGUAUGGUGCCGAUGUGAAUGCUAUGACGUCCGAACGCCACGACAACCGAACGGUGCUGCAUUAUGCUGUGUUGUCCGGCAACAUGGAUACGGUUCGCCUGUUGCUGGCAAGAGGGGCUGCCGUGAAAUUCGAGAUUGGAUAUUCCAAGCCAAGUCCUCUAGAUUUUGCGAUUCUGAAGGGAAAUCCAGAAAUGGUUCGGCUACUGAUCGACUCAGGUGCUGACGUUAACCUUGGAUCUCCUAUAAUUGGUUGCCCGUUACACAUUGCCCUCUCGGAAAAGGUCGACAAUAAGGUUGACAUUAUCCGAAUGCUAUUGGAAUGCGGUGCAGAUCCUAACGCAGUUUCGGUUUCUGGAAGUCCGGAACUAACAGACGACUCCGCCCCUUCUUUACUUCGACCACCAAUCGGAGAGUACUUCAACUCUUGUGACCGUCCAGCCGUAGAUGUAGUGCGGUUACUAUUAUGCUAUGGAGCUCGAGUGGUAAUCAAAUCGCAAAUGCAUCAUCCCCUCGGAGUUUUGAGGUCCAUGCAUCGUCUACACCCAGAAACCCACCCAGAAGUGCUAGCAGUGGUUCUCGAUGCUGCUGAAGCUUACAGUGCGGCUUCUAUUAACAGGUGA